AUGGUCAAGUCAUACUUGAAGUAUGAGUAUUCGAAGUCGUUCGGCGUCGUAACCUCCAGUACAUCGAAUAUCCUUUGGACUCAGCAGAACCGCUCCAGUACCAGUGCUGGCCAAGCAGUCGUCGCGGCAAACGAGGAACUUCUAUGCUGGGAUAUCAAAACAGGAGAUGUCGUUGAACGAUGGAGAGACGAGAAAUGCUCCGCCCAGGUAACUGCUAUUGCUCAAAGUCAGGUCAAUGAAGAUUUAUUCGCUGCUGGCUACGAGGAUGGUAGCGUUCGACUAUGGCGGAGCAAGGAUCCAAGUCCAUUUAUCACCUUUAACGGACAUCGCUCAGCUAUAACAGUCCUAGCAUUCGACCGAUCCGGCGUCCGACUUGCGAGCGGCUCAAAAGACACCAAUGUCAUUAUCUGGGAUCUGGUGGCAGAGGUCGGCCAAUUCAAGCUCCGAGGACAUAAGGACCAAAUAACAGGAUUGCAGUUCGUGGAACCGCAAGAGGAAGUAGCAGAGGGAGAAAACUCCGAAGCUAUGGUUCUCGAUGGUGCAAAUGACUCUUCAUCCGAGGGCUUCUUACUUACUACUGGAAAAGAUGCCUUAAUUAAGCUUUGGGAUCUGGGUUCGAGGCAUUGCAUUGAAACACACAUAGCACAAACUAACGGCGAGUGUUGGGCAUUGGGACUGUCUCCCGACUAUAGUGGAUGCAUAACAGCUGGCAACGCUGGCGAACUUAAGGUCUGGGCCAUUGACUCUGCUUUACUUGCCGCGUCGAGACAGCAAGUCGAUAUUUCCGCGAACACGCAAUACCUACGAGAUCGCGGCACAUUAUUUCGACACGGAAAGGAUAAAGCAACCGAAGUAGUGUUCCACCCCCGACGAGACUACUUUGCUGUUCACGGCGCGGAGAAAUCCGUUGAGAUAUGGAGGAUACGUACCGAAGCCGAGAUCAAGAAAAGCCUGGCAAGGAAGAAGAAGAGGAGAAAGGAAAAGCUUGCACAGAAAAAGGGAGAGAAUACAAAUGGCAAUACCCAAGCAGACGAGGAGGAUGGCCAGGACGAAGAUGUUAGCAAUGCCGACAUUAAUGAUGCUUUUGCUCAACAUCUAAUCGUCCGGACGGGUGGGAAAGUGAAAUCAGUUGACUGGGCCGAUAUCCACGGCAAGAAGAAGCUCCAAUUAUUAGUUGGUACAACAAACAACCACCUGGAGAUGUUCAAUAUGCCCCUGAAAGAGAAAAGUAAAAAGUCAAAGCAAGAGGACAUUCCCGAUUAUGAAAGAGCCUUGUCCAUUGAGAUUCCUGGCCAUCGGGCGGACAUACGGUCGUUAGCACUGAGCUCUGACGACAAAUGGCUUGCUUCGGCGUCCAACGGGAGCCUCAAGAUCUGGUCGAUGCUAACCCAGAAAUGUGGUAAAACUUUGGAGUGUGGGUAUGCACUAUGUUGUUCAUUUUUACCUGGGGAUAAGCUUGUCGUAAUUGGCACGAAGACCGGAGAGAUCGAGCUAUUCGAAGUCGCUACGGGAACUUUGCUGGAUAGUGUCAGUGCUCAUGAAGGCGCAAUCUGGUCCUUGCAAGUCCAUCCAGAUGGUAGGUCGAUCGUGUCCGGAAGCGCAGACAAGUCGGCCAAGUUCUGGAAAGUCCAAGUAGUGCAGGAAGAGGUUCUUGGGACGACUCGAACUACAUCACGUCUCAAGCUAUCACAUUCGCGAACAUUAAAGGUUUCGGAUGAUAUCUUGAGCCUUAAAUUCUCACCGGACGCGAGGCUUCUAGCCGUCGCCCUAUUAGAUAGCACGGUGAAGGUGUUUUUCGUGGAUUCCCUAAAGUUGUAUCUCAAUCUCUAUGGGCACAAGUUACCAGUCCUGGAUAUGGAUAUAUCAUAUGACAGCAAGCUGAUCGUUACGUGUUCAGCGGAUAAGAAUAUCAGGAUAUGGGGUCUUGAUUUUGGUGAUUGCCACAAAGCAUUGCUAGGACAUCAGGACAGCAUUCUCCAGGUCAAGUUUCUCCCAAAUAACCGCGAAGGCAAUGGUCACCACUUCUUCAGCGCUAGUAAAGACCGAACGAUAAAAUAUUGGGAUGGAGAUAAGUUUGAACAAAUACAGCGGCUUGACGGACACCACGGAGAAAUAUGGGCUUUGGCGAUUAGCCAAAGUAGCGAACCUCCUUUCAUCGUUAGUGCAAGUCACGAUAAGAGCAUCCGAACCUGGGAAGAAACAGACGAGCAAAUAUUCCUCGAGGAAGAGAGGGAGAAGGAGAUCGAGGAACUAUACGAGAGCACGUUAACGAAGUCUUUGGAACAAGAACUAGAGGCAGAGGAUGAUAACGGGGAGAUUGGUGCUGCUACGAAGCAAACGUCGGAAACGCUGAACCAUGGUGAACGAAUCGCAGAGGCCUUAGAACUCGGCAUGGCUGAUUUGCACGUCAUGCGGGAAUGGGAAGAGGCCAAAGCGUCAAACCCGAAUAUUGCGCCGCCACAGCGCGAUCCGAUGUUCAUGGCUCAUGGAGGAAUUAGCGCUGAAGAAUACGUUAUGAAGGUGCUGCAACGGCCGGCUGCCUCUGCGCUGAACGACGCCCUUCUUGUUCUUCCGUUUGCCUCGGUCCCUAUACUCUUUACCUUCCUUAAUCUCUUUGCCAUGAGGUCGAUGAACAUCCCCCUGACAUGUAGGAUAUUGUUCUUCAUGUUGAAGACGCACCACCGCCAAAUAGUCGCCAGCAGAACCAUGCGCGUCAUGCUAGACGGGAUAAGAUCUAACUUGCGAAAGGCCCUCCAAAGGCAGAAGGACGAGAUGGGCUACAACAUAGCAGCGCUGAGGAUAGCGGGGAUGCAGAUUCAGGAUAAGGGAAUAAAGGAGUAUGUGGAUGAGAAUUGGGAUGAUGGUACCGGAGCCCAAAACGUUAAGAAGCGGGCUUUCGUUCACGUAUCGUAAAUAGAGUUCAGCGGUGCGGACCUAAUCUCUAUAUAUAGGUAGUGUCUAGGUACCUAACCUAGCGUAGUAUACCAACGUUAUAAAAAUAGAUACCUUAGCACCAAACUUUGAUAUUUAGGUCAAGUA